AGCAGCUUCAGCCCAUCAGCACUGCUUCUCAACAAUGGAUCUAUCACUUCAAACCUUUAUCUUUGUGUGGAUUACAGCUGGAUGUCUGUCACAACCUGAGAACUCWGAGACUAACCUGCCAGUGCAAUGUGAUUUUGUUUCCAAAAAUGUCUGUCUGGAGUUUGUUGGGGAGUCAAAAACCUGGUACCAGGCCAACAGCAGCUGUGAAGAGAAAGGAGGGAAACUUCUGAAAGUUAUAAACAACUCAGUAAAAAUCUACCUGAGCAACAUCACCAGAGAAAAUAAAACCAGCAACCUCACAUGGUGGAUUGGAGAAAAGAUAUCAGUUCAUCAUCAAAGACCUCCACUAAAAAAUGACAAUGUUUCAAUGGAGCUCUGCACGUUUAUCCAGUUAAAUCCUCUCCAGAUUUUUACAUCUAACUGCAGCAUGAAACGGGCCUUUCUCUGCAGCCACAGAGCUUUAAAGUCUCCAUCAGGAACAAAGCAGCCAGUCAUCUCUGGUAAUCCAAGCAGACCUCGGCACAAGAGGGGUGCAUUUUCAAAUGAAUUAGACUCUUUUUUAAAUGGCAUGUCUUCUAAUAAGGACAACAUCAACAAGCUACUACAUUUUGCAGACAGAGUAUUGUGGGCAAUGGAGAGGGAACCAGGGGAACCAAUAAACAACAGAAGAGAUAAGUUUAUCGAGGCGUUGUUGAACGGUACAAAAUUCUUGUCUAAAACUAAAGUUUCAGAAAACGACAGCGUUGUCGCUGACAUCAUCAGCUGCAGCACUGCCAUGAUGCGUCUGGCACUGAAGAAAUGUGACUCUGCUCAGAACCCAAAUCCUGUAUCUUUGUUUGAGAGCUUAUUUGAGAUCAUUCGUCUGGCUUCUCUGCUGACUGGUUUAGAAAUUAAUCAGACGUAUAUAACCAAGACCCCAAUAAGCACCCUCUAUAUGAUAACGCUCAAACCUGAUAAGCUCAGCAACGCAGUGGUGGGCUCAGUAGACGAUGGGGGGUUUGUGAAGCUCCCACCCUAUUCUGCUCUGCAAUCAAAAGUCAGCGGUUAUACAUCGGUCACGGCACAGGUGGCGACGUUCCCCAGUAAUCCCCACCCUUCUGARGACAACAUCACAGGAAAUGUUUGCAACGUUGUACUCAGCGARGGACCCGCAGAGAUCAAUCUGCAAAACCUGUCCCGGCCGAUCGAGAUAUUUCUGAGUCGUCCACAGGGUGCGGUGCUGAUAAACAGCACUAUUGAACUGACCAAAGACACCAAAUCAGUUUCUUCAUUUAAUGUCUCGGACCCUGAGAUGACCCUCUUCUUCAGCAUAGAACCCAGCGUCAACGUCUCGCUGGUUCUUAGAUUGUCUCUWGGGUCACCCCCAAACUCCACGCACUACAGCAACACAACCACCUUGAGCUACACAGGAGGCUACCGCUGGAUGAUAACCCCAGAGAUGUUUCAGCAGACGUCAGGGGCUUGGUAUGUCGAUGCUAGACUCGUAAACUACUCUUUGACAACGAGCGUGUCGCUGACGAUUACCAGCUUCAUGAGCAAGUGUCUGUACUGGGACACAACGACGAAUCAAUGGAGAACUGCUGGUUGCACGGUGGGAGAUCAAAGCACUCCAGAGCUUACGCAGUGCCUGUGCACCCACCUCACCCUCUUCGGGAGCUCCUUCUUUGUGAUGCCCAACUACGUCGARAUAUCUAAAACAGCCGAGCUCUUCGCCACCGUUAAUGAGAACUACGUGGUGCUGGCCCUGCUGUGUGUUUUUUACGGGCUUUACCUGGCCACGCUGAUGUGGGCCUGCUACGCUGACCGCCGGGCGAGCUCUAAGAGGAAGAUAACUCUGCUGGAGGACAAUCACCCAGGAGCUCAAUACAACUACUUGAUUGGUGUCCAAACAAGUCAUCGCAAAAAUGCAGGAACUUCUGCCAAUGUCACCAUGAAGCUGGUCGGUGCAGAUGGAGAGAGCACCAUACAUACUCUCACUGAUCCCAACAAACCCGUGUUUGAGAGAGGAUCCUUCGAUAUGUUCCUCUUGGCCACGCCCUUCCCUCUUGGCGACAUGCGGACUGUUCGCCUGCAGCACGACAACUCAGGCGGGAACCCUUCAUGGUACGUCAGCAAAAUUGUCGUGCAAGAUCUUCAGAGUCGGAACGUCUGGCACUUCUUCUGUAACUGCUGGCUGAGCGCCGACCGAGGAGACGGCACGACCAAGAAGACCUUCAACGCUGCAAAGACCAACGAGAUCGCCAGCUUCAGGAACAUUUUCCAAAGCCGAACGUCGACUGGUUUCAGGGACGAACACAUCUGGGUAUCCAUCGUGGAUCCUCCCUCUCGGAGCCCCUUCACACGGGCUCAGAGGGUCUCCUGCUGCAUGUGCCUGCUCCUCUGCACCAUGGCUAUCAACAURGCUUUCUGGAACAUUCCUGCGGAUGCGAGCUCACCUGUGCUCUUCUCAUUAGGCUCAAUUCAGAUCAGUUGGCAAGACAUAAUGGUGGGGGUUCAGUGUGGUCUCCUCAUGUUCCCAAUCAACAUCCUCAUCAUCACCAUCUUCAGAAAAAUACGACCUCGAGUGGUUUCCAAUUCCAAAAAAGACGACCCMGAGGAAAUGGUCAAACCGGCUGCAGUCACCUUGCCAACUGUUCUGAAGGAAACAGAGGCAGUGAUUUCUUUGCUGAGCAUGAAUCCAAAAAAUGCAAUGUUAGAGAUGUCCACGCUAGAGUCUUCUUCUGACCUCCUCCCUGCUUUGGACAGAAUCCACAUCUUCAUCCAACUAAUGCAAGGUGAGAUUGAGAGCAACAACCACUGGGUCUACUGCAGCAAGUUCCUCCUGGCCGGUCUCUGUCACCUCCUGGUGAGCCUGGAGAAACUGGACGGCAAAAACUUCCUGACUUCGGCCGAGCACCAGCAGGUCCUCAGCCUCACCAGCCUGCUGGUCCGCAAAUCCGAGAUGGUCCUGAGCAGCCACCUGGCCAACUGCCCGCCUCCUGUGAGGAGGAAGAAGAAGGUGUCGGUGGGUUUCCGGCUGCCCUGGUGGUGCGUGUUCAUCGGUUGGUUCCUGCUGCUGUCCAUUAGUGGAAUAUCGACGUACUUCACCCUGCUGUACGGCUUUCAGUACGGCAAAGAGAAGUCCAUCAAGUGGGUCAUAUCCCUGGGCCUGUCGCUCUUUGAGAGCAUCUUCAUACUGCAGCCUCUCAAGGUGAUCGGUGUCGCUGUGAUCUUUGCUCUGCUGCUGAAGCCUGUAGCUGUGGAGGACACCGAGGAAGCAGAGAUCGCUCUGUUUGAGCAACUGGAAAAGUGCAGAGAGUACACCGGCAGGGUGACGCUGUGAAGAUGCAACAUUUAAAAGGGCACCGCGUCUCCUCGUCUUAUUCCACAGCACGUCCCGGAGGAUGUAGUUUGACUUAUUAAAUGAUAUGACAUAUUCUAAUAUUUGCAUAUGUACAGAUAUUUUUCCUUUAGUGUUGAGUAAAUUUCAACUGAUAUAUUCUUGUAAACAUGUUUAUAAAAAAAUUAAGUAGUAGCUGUUUAUCAGCUGUAGAGGUCCAUCAGUACGGCGCGGUAUCUGGGUCAAAAUUAAGAUCAUUAAGCUGUGUUCRGGAUGGAUGUCGUCGUUUCGAACUUCCGAGUUGUAUUUUUCAACUGGAACGCCCCCUGAAGUCGUAGUUUCGAGUCGAGAGGUCGGCGCAACCGGACCAUAACCGAGCAGCCCGAGUAUGCAUUACGUCAUCAUUUCAACAUGGCUGCCGCACGCAUGAAACUCUUUACUUUUACUGUUUUUUUCCCCACUUCUGUUUUGUUUAUUUUACAUUAAGUCAGACAUACUUGUAGUGCUUUGUAGUGAUUAUUAAAAGCUAUGUUUUAACACUGUUUGUACACUCAAAAUGCCUUGUAGAGCACUAUUACUGUGUUACUGUUGCAGAGCAAAAAAAAUUGAAAUGCUUUUUCCGACAUUUGAAACUGAAACGCUUUCAACUCGGAACUGAUGUCAGUCCGGCUUCAGAAUUUUGAGUUCCGACUGGAACACAGCAUUAUCCAUGCUAGUCGCUAGUCUCUCCGAUGCUAACACCAGCUUAUCUACGCUAGUCGCUAGCCUUUCCGAUGCUAACAUGAAUGAAUAGGUCUUUUUCAUUUGCCAGCGCCGGCCUCUAAGUCACUGGUGCUGGCCUAUCAUUAAUCAGAUCUAUAAUUGAUUUAGCAAUUGAUUUAGCCUCCUGCUACAAMGAUGUAGCAACUACUGUGUGCACAAUAGUCUUAAUUUUGGCCCUCAUACCGCACCAUACAUCAGAGGUGCAGGGAUUGCUUUCUGCAAGUUUAAUUAAAAUCUGGUGAUUCAUGAGAUAUUUUGCUAACAGUACAAACUGAAAUUUUUGCCAUAAUUGUAACAAUUAAGUGCAUAGAUUGAAAAUAUUCUGAUAGGUUUAACUGUUAACAGUUUAAUUUUAAAUAAAUAAGAUCUAAAUGACUUUUAUAUCAAA